UCUUCUUCUCCCUCGCCUUCUCCCCGCGCCUGACUGCGAAAGAGUGAGUCGGAUGCCCUGGGCGCCGCGCUUGCUCGUUCCCUGGCGGCGUUUCCCUCGCCACCCUCCCCGCCGCCUCCGUUUAAUUUGCCAAACGAGAUUGCGGAGGGCUCCAGGCUCCCCAGGCUGGCUCCCGUUGGACUCGGCGCUUCUCGCCGCAGGAGUCGCAGCCGUAGAGCGGCAGUCCCGGCUGCCGCCUCUGGAGGCGCGGCGACUCAACGCUGGAGAGGUGGGGAGAGCAUCUUCGGCCGCGGACUGUCCGGGGAGUCCAGCGGAGGUACUGCGAUUUCUGCAGUGACAUCACAAUGCUUGCAUUUUCUUUGUUUGAAGUACCGAGAAACUCUCUCAGAUAAAAUGGCCAAGCAUUAUUGCGAGUAAUCACAUCAAUCGUUCCAAUCUUCACAUCCUUUUUACGUCAUGGGACCUGAUGGCAAUUUCCUAAGUACUGGAGUGCUUCAUAUCAUUGUAUGGGGUAGUUUGGGAGCCAUGGCAAUGCUUCUGGUAUUUAGUUUUCUCCUCUUUCUCUGCUCUGGUUGUGACAGGGAGAAGAGGCCUGAGCAGCAAAAUGGGGACCAUGAAAAUCUGAUGAAUGUGCCUUCAGAUAAAGAGGCAUUUAGUCACUCUGUCACAAGUCUGGCUACUGAUCCAAUUGCAAGCAGUGAACAAAAUGGUGGAAUCAGUAAUGGAGAUGUUCUUUCAGAAGAUAGUACAGCUGCUACUCUCCAACCUUACGAAGAAGUGCAAACCUCUGUUACAGAUCUUUUGGAUCAACAGGACACAUUGGGAAGAUCUUUAAAAUGUCAUCAAAGUAGAGAGCUACCUAGGAUUCCUCCAAAUAAUGCCAUAGAAACAAUUCUCACCACAAGAAAUGCAGAAAAUGACCAGAGUCUGGGAAUGGAGGGGCCCUAUGAAGUGCUGAAGGAUAGUUCCUCCCAAGAGAACAUAGUAGAAGACUGCUUGUAUGAAACAGUGAAGGAAAUUAAGGACCUGGGAGCAGCAGCUAACUCAGAGAAAUGCAAACCAAAGACUACUGUGAUGGUUAAUGGAAUUUUAGAUCAUGUUCUUGAGAAGAAGACAGAAUCAGCAGAAUAUGCAUCCGUUGACAGAAAUAAAAAAAGUUGCCACAGUGUUAAUUCAGAGAGUCCUCUCAGCAGUACUACGCCAGAUGUGGAAGAAGAAGCUCCACCUCCUGUACCAAUAAAACUUCUUGAUGAAAAUGAGAAUGUACAGGAUAAAGGAGCCAAAGAAGAGGAGGAAGUAAUGGAAAGGAUUAAUGAACCCAACAAGAGGCUUAGUUCAUUGAUUUAUAAAUCUCGAGAAGAUGACCCAUCUCUUACAGAAGAUGAGAUUUCAGCAAUGUAUUCUUCUAUAAAUAAAACUGGACAACCCUCUAAAGACUUGGAAUCUACAUAUACCUGUAUUCCUGAACUUGUACCUCAGAAGUCUCCAUCUAUUUGCAGUGGCCUCUAUGCCAGUGUGAAGGACUUGGAAACAAAUCCAAACCUUACUGAUUUGCCUCAAUCAACAAUACUUCUAAAUGGAGACUUGGAACCAGACUAUGAAGCCAUUCAGACUCUAAGUCGAGAGGAGGAAAGAAAUGUUUUGAUGUCUAGCACCAUUCAAACCAUCCUCCCACAAGAGAAUGACUAUGAGAGUAUUGGUGAUUUGCAGCAAAAUAAAGAUGUCACCAAGCUUUAACUGGUUCAAAAACAAGACUUUGGAACAUGCUGUUCAGCAUGUCUUUCAAGAUGGGUUUACUCCAUGACUUAUCACUUGCAAACUCAACACACAGUUGGAAAUGUAAAAUGGCCAAAAAGUACUUUGCUUGAAAUGAUGUCAGGUAAAGUGAAAACUUAGCCUGGGAUGUUUGAGCAAUGAUUCCUGCUUCAUAUCCAUCAAACUAUCAUACAGAUAUGAACUUACCCAAACAAGCAGGAAACAGGCAAGUGCUUGGUUUGAAGAACCAAGUUCACACACACAAAGAACAGAGUUGCUGCUGUUUCAUCAAUGUGUACAGUGAUUUUUUUACUCCUGUAGGUGAUGUUAUCACAACAACAUAUAGAUAAAAUCAAAAUCAAAGAUGAGAAUUCUGGAAAGGCUUCUGUAGAAGAGACAUGAUGACGCAAGAAUUACAUGUUUGGAGCACAUGUUUCAGACACAUACUCAUAUCCUAAUAUAUAAAAAGUGGUACUGUUAAAUAAGGGCCAUUUUAAAAGAUCUUUAGUUUCAGUUACUUCAACCAUUUUAUUAAAAUGUGUUCCCAAAUUACACAUUCAUUUAGGUUGUUUUCAAACAUAGGCACAGCUUGCCAUAGAGUAGAUAAAUUUAGCGGGCUAAUUUGCCUUAAUUCAUUGUUUCUCAACCAUGGCAACUAUGAGCUCUGUGGAUUUCAACUCCCAGAAUUUCCCAGUCAGCAAUAGUGAAUUCUGUGAAUUGAAGACAGCUUAAAGUUGUUAAGAUUGAGAAACACUUCCCUAAUAUAUUUAAUACAGCCUUGAGAUGUUGUGAGUGAAUGUGCUGGCCUAUUCUUAGAUUCAUGCUUCAGCUUUGAUCUUGCUCUAAAGCAACAUAAGAGCAGUGACUGAAACACCAACAUUUGUGGGAAUUAGGAAAGAUAAUCCCUUUGUGAGAAACUAUACAGAUGUGGUUGAAAAAAGCAUGCACACCUUGUUUGCUUCAUGAGUGAUUUACAGACUGGCUAUAUAAUUCUUGACUAUUUUUACAGUUUUUCAAUUUUGUAAUACCCAUUUUCUUUCAAUAUUGUGCUAGGAUUGAUUUACAUUUACUGGUGGUGGAGUCAGGAUAUUUAAAAAUAUAUUUAAUACAUAUACAAUUGCUGCUUUUCAAACACUAGCUAUCGCUUUUAUUUUUAUCCUUAAUGUAUUUUGCAACCUGCCCAAACAAACUGCAACAUUUUGCAGAGGUUAUAAUUCUCUCAGAAACAACAAUGCAUCUCUAAGAAGUAUCUUUUUAUAUAAAAUUGUAAAUAAAAGGUAAGACAC